UACAAAUAUAGUUGAAUUUAUUAUAAGACUAACCAUGAAUCCCCACAAGAAAUCCGAAUAUAUUGUUUUAAAGCAUUGGCUAGUCAGGGAUGACUUACUUUUCCAAGCAUGUGGGUUUUGUCUAGUUGCGGCAUCUGACGAUCAGUUUGUGUUUAUCACUUGGGACAAGUAUUAUUUGCUAAACAUACGCUUUAAGAUGCCGAUGGAUUGCUGCAGGAUAAAAAUGACUGCUGUGCGUAUUCCUCUGCCCAAAAGUGGAGGAGGCUAUAUUAGGAGCGUGCAUUCCCUAAGGUACAACACGAUUCUGCAUAUGUCGAAUGGAGAGUUAUACUGCUUUACUUCAUUUAAGGAGCUGAAUCUAAUAAAAAGUCUCAGUGAAGUUCGUUGUUUUGCUAUUGUCGACCAAGGAUUCAGCGUGAUUCGAAUAGAAAAUCGACGACUGCUGCUACAGACAUAUUUUGAUCUUCCGGAUUUAGAAAAGGACAAGUGUACACUGCAAGAAACCUUUGACAUAACUUUCGACCAGCAAAAUAUAUUUCACUGCGACUGGCAACAUAAUAAGUACACUCUGACAACUUUAAAAGUUAACAAAAAUGAAGAACAGUUCGUGCGAAGUCUUCUUGUUACCAACGCGGUAGAACAAAAUUACGUUCACAUAUUUAGCAUAGGUGGACAUGUAUUUGCGUUGGCUUAUAAUCAAAAAAGAUCAAAAAGUACCGGUCCAGACUAUUAUAUCGAACUUCUAUGCGUAUAUGCAGCGCACGUUAAAUUCAUCAAACUUCUGCCAAUCUACAACCUUUGUUUGGUUUUUCUUAGCUCUGGCAGUGUGGACAUCUGGUACCUGUCUAGGCUUCUUUCUAUAAAACAGAGCCAAAUUUAUCACACAGGUUCUGAAUGGCUGGACUUUGAUGCAACAAGUGACAAUGGCGACUUCUAUUACACGGACGGAAAUGAGCUGGUGCGACUGAGAUUCAAGUACAACGUUCAGCUUGACGAGUGUUUUGUCUACACCUUGACAAAGCCAGUGUCCGGGAUUUACGGAUGUAGUUGGAUAAACCAAAAAGAAGAACUGUUUUGCCUUAGCGAAAACAACAUUCUUUAUUGCAUUGGUUUUGAUAUGUCCGAAAUGGACGGUCAAACGUCAACGUCAAACUUUACACCCUCAGCUUUCAAGAGACUGCAGCACAAUGCCAAAGCCUUGCAGGUAUAUAAAAAAAAACCAGAUUUUCUUAGACAAAAAUUAUAUAAGGAGUAUAAGCAACAGCAGCUUAUUUCUGUAAUUAAACAUAAUCAGAGAUUAAAUGCGCCAAUUCAAAUGUCACUGGAAUACCACCUUCAAAUACCCAGCUUUGACGGGGAUAAUGUUCUUAUACAGGCAGCGCAGAAUCUUGAUGCUCGGACAAGUUGUAUAUAUGCUGUUCUUAACGUCAGACUUAUCGAUAGCCGGCCACUGUUGCAGAGGAGAUUUUGGAAGCUUUUGACAUUCUUUGACAACCGCAUCAAUGUCCUCUUUUUGCCCACAGAAAUACUUGUCAAUAAAAAAUGUAACAUGGUUGUAACGUUAAGUAAAAUGAAAAACGAACGUCUGCCUCAUUUUAAAAUGUAUCUUCUGGAAUUUGUUAAACUUAAUAAUCAAACAUGUGGUGUACUUUUUCACGUACCGGUUGAAAGUUGUGGAAAUACAUUUCGUGCUAUUUUUAGUGGAAGAAAAGACCCUGGAAAAUUUACUCUGAGCAAUAAGCAAUUGCUAAAAAAGGAACUAUGUAUAGCAAAAAUCAGGCAGGCCAGCAGUCUAGGAAGUCAACUUACUCUUUUCAAUAUAGCGGAUCUAUUUUGUAAUGCCAUUUGCAUUCACAAUGACUAUUUGGAAUUCUCUUUUAUAGACGAAACGUUGCACUUCCUAUGCAAUAGAAAUAAAAGAGUAAACUAUUUAAAUGGAAUGUUGGAAAGUAAAGAUGCUUCAGCGAUUUACUAUUUUAAGCAACAUGUUCUUCUAAACUCGGAACAACUCGAAUCUGUAUCACAAAAAUAUGACUUAACCUUAAUUAAAACAAUGAGCGACAUUGACCGAUUUCGGUACCGACAGUGUUUCAACAGCCUGGCCUGCGAAACCAAUUUUGCAAUAUUUUUGAAGUCAAAAUAUAAUAUUAUUAGAAAUGACACUCAUUAAGAAGACAUACACGAAUAUCCACACCAUUUAAUAACAUCUUAAACUAACUUUUUUCUCUUUCUAGAUUUAAAUAAACUAAAUAUUACGCUAAACAAUUUCAAAACAGUUUACG